AGUUAUAUCCAUGAACCACGUACCUUCUAGUAACACUACGAACAAUGCCACAGCAGCUUUGAACGGUUCUUCCACGAAGAACCCCCAACCCUCUGCUGCCGCUAAGUACGUUCCUCCUCAUAAACGCAGGCAAAUGGAAGCCGAGGCCGCCGCCCAAGUCGACACCGCUCCCCAUCACGGCACACGUCAUAUUGAAGAAGCAUUCGGUCAUUCAGCCUUUGGUAGGCAGACCUCCUCCUCCUCAUCAUCAAGUAGAUUCGGUGCAUCCAGAGAUUCCUACUCGACCUUCGGUGGCGGCAAAGGAAGAGACCGAUCACAUGAGGGGGGAUUUGGCGGCUCCUCUCGUUUCGGUGCUGCCCCUCGGGAUCAUGAACGUUUCGGAUUCGGAUCUAAGCCAAGUUACGGUGGUCACUCUAGAGGCGCCAACGACAGGUUAGAUUGGUCCCAACCUCCUCCACAGGGGGAUGGGACCUGGGCUCGUCGGGACGGUCGGAGGCCACCAUAUGAGGAUGAGAGGGAACUCUUUGAUCAGGAGAAUGCUGUCCAUGCUGGCAUCAACUUUGAUCAGUACGAUAAGAUCCCUGUGGAGGUCUCCGGUGCGGGGGCUGCUGAAAUAUCCCCGUUGGAGCAGUUCAACGAUGGUGGCGAGGUCGCUGCGGCUAUCGUGGAGAAUAUUAAAAGGUGUGGCUUCGACCGUCCUACACCUGUGCAGAAGUACUCUAUCCCAACUCUUACAACUAGGCGUGAUCUCAUGUCGUGUGCCCAGACUGGUAGCGGCAAGACUGGUGCGUACCUUAUCCCUGCUAUUCAUAAUAUGCUCGCUGAUGGUCCGCCGGACGCGACGUCCAGUGGAGAUUAUGGGCGUAGGAAGGCCUAUCCCAUCACACUGAUCCUAUCACCUACUAGAGAACUAGCGUCCCAGAUCCACGAGGAAGCUCGGAAGUUCUGCUUUAAUACUGGUAUCCGCCCUGUUGUUGUGUACGGUGGUGCUGAUGUCCGUACUCAGCUGCGUGAGCUGGAAAGGGGUUGUGAUAUACUCGUGGCGACCCCUGGUAGGCUGUCUGACCUUAUGGAGAGAUUUCGUGUGUCCCUGUGCCAAAUCAAGAUGCUUAUAUUCGAUGAGGCUGAUAGAAUGCUGGAUAUGGGUUUUGAACCUCAAAUUAGGCGUAUUGUGGAACAGGAGGACAUGCCUAGUUCGAGGGAUGGCAGACAGAGUGCGAUGUUCUCGGCAACUUUCCCUAGAGAGAUUCAGCAGCUUGCCCGGGACUUCCUCAAGGACUACAUCUACCUAACUGUCGGGCGUGUUGGAUCGACCCACGGCUCCAUCAAGCAGAUCAUGAGAUACGUUGAUGAAAACUCAAAGUUGAGGGACUUGUACCGCGUAUUGGAAGAGCAAACGGAAGAGGGGUUGACACUGGUUUUUGUGGAGACCAAACGUAAAGCAGAUGAGAUUGAAAAUAUGCUCAGAAGAGAUAGGUAUCCCGCAACAUCUAUUCAUGGUGACCGAUCACAGUGGGAGCGGGAGGAAGCUUUGAAAGCCUUUAAGAGCGGAGAGUUGCCCAUUCUUGUGGCUACUGAUGUCGCUGCGAGAGGCUUGGAUAUUAGCCACGUUAAUCUCGUUAUCAACUACGAUCUUCCUAAUAACAUUGAUGAUUACGUCCACCGUAUCGGCAGAACGGGUAGAGCUGGUAAUCUGGGGACAGCCAUAGCCUUUGUGAACGAGGGCAGCAAGCCGAUCCUCCGGGAUCUAUGGACUUUGCUCGAAGAGAACAAGCAGGAAAUCCCACAAUGGUUCAUGAGUCUAGUACAAGAGACCACUAGCGCCUCUGGUCGUUUCGGCAGAGGUGGUGGCAAGGGUAGAGGAGGAGGACGUAGUGGUGGUGGAUUUGCCAGUAGAGAUGUCCGUCAACCUACUGGACGCGGAGAUUUCCAACGUUAUGAACACAGAAGUGCUGGCUUCCUCGGCAGACCUGGCGUAGCACCUCCGGCCCCAGUGGUCAACACUCGAGCCGCUGGUAUGCAUCAAAAGCCAGCCGUUAGGCCGCAACCAGCUCGAUCCGUUACCCCUCCUGAGGACUCCUGGGCUGAUGCUUGGUAACCUCCAAGUUACUCUGAUGAUAUUACUGAUACCGC